CUCGCUCCUCGCGCCCCUCGCGCAUCUCCUCGCUGCUCUCUUCGCUACCUCGACGCGCGAGAAGAGAAGGCGGCGGCGAGGCGACGCACAUGCUGCUCUACCUGAAGGAGGCGACCUGGGCCGACAAUGGCGCCGAGGCGCUCGCAGAGCAGGUGCGCGCCGCGCGCCGCGCCGAGCUGCCGCUCGUCAUGGCGCACGAGAACGACGCCGUUCGUGGCGGCUGCAUCUUUGCCCACUUUUUUGAGGUGACGCCACGCGAUCUGCUCUCCGAUGGGCUGUACAACGACCUCGCCGUCGGCUGCCACUCGAACCCGCACCGGCAGGUGUCGCUCGCCCUCCUCGCAAAGGCGCUCGGAGCGACCAAGCAGACGGCUCAGUCGCGCGUGCGCCGCGCCACUGUCACUCGAUCGAUGCAGACCCGCGGCUCCUCUUCGAACACGGAGCCGUCGAAUGGCGACGACGCUGUGGAAGAGUCAGCGACGCAGGACCGCCAGAUGGUCUGAGGAGAACGCCUUUUGCUGCACAGUAAACCGCACACGCACAUACACACGCAUGCACGCGCGCACAACACACCACCUCCGCAGAGCCCCUGCACAAACGAAUUGAGCAACCUUCCCCUGUGUGGAGCUGUGGACGCUUGGGCGUGGAUAGGGGUCCGAUCUUGGAAAGAACUUAAGGUUAC